GUCGAGAUGUUCUCUUUUUCUACACCUAAUAUGUUUUUCUUUUUUCUAUUGAUCAACCAAGUCCUUGGAAAUGAUACACUAUCAACCAGGAGUAGAAUUGGUCGUUCGGUGAACGAGGGUUCCUGGUCAGUGAAUCCGACACCAGAGAAUGAGCCAGGCUGGGUGAGCCCACCGUACAGAUGGAUUUUCGAAUACCCUUUACCCAUUCCACCUCAGAAGCAAAAGCGAUUUACCUGGAAUGAUCAUGUCACCGGCGCAGCAAUCGACUACUACGAGAUGGAGCUGAAACCCUUCACGAAGCAGAUCUACCCAGAUUUACCAGCAACCGAAUUGGAAGGCUAUGAUGGAAUGUCACCUGGACCAACUUUUGCUAUGCAACGCGGAACGGAAGCGGUGGUCAGAUUUAUCAACCAUGCUUCAUCCAACAUGACUGUCCAUGUUCACGGACAGUUCAACCGCGCACCCUUUGAUGGAUGGGCUGCUGAUUACGCAUUGCCCGGCCAGUACAAGGAUUAUUACUAUCCCAAUGCCCAAAGUGCCCGCACAAUCUGGUAUCACGAUCACAUGGAGCAUCAUGCGGCCGACAAUGCAUAUCACGGCCAGGAAGGUGCCUACCUCAUCUCGGACCCCGAAGAACAGGCUUUCAAUUUCCCAAGCGGCAAAUACGAUAUUCCAUUGAUCAUCACAUCGAAAUCGUAUAAUUGGGACGGUUCGCUUAAAUGGGAUACUUUCGGCGAUGUUAUUCAAGUAAAUGGUCAACCAUGGCCAUUCCUCAACGUGGAACCCCGUAAAUAUCGAUUUCGCAUGCUGAAUGGAGCAAUCAGCAGAGCCCUUGCGAUCUCUCUACGAGAAGGUUUAGAUGGAGACGAAAUGGAAUAUCAAGUGAUCGCCUCUGAUGGCGGUCUUUUCUCUCAUCCAGUCACCACCAGCGAUAUUGCGUUGUCCCAGGGCGAACGGUACGAGCUAAUCGUCGACUUCACCAACUAUGCCGGGAAAAACAUCACGAUGCUCAACGAGCGCGACGUGAUAGACACAAUCGACUUCCCCGCUACCGACAGAAUUAUGCGAUUUGUUGUCGGUGACUCGAUGACUGACAUUACUAACAACGAGGAAAUCCCUCACUUUUUCCACGAUAUUCCGAUGGUUCCCGGAAACGCAACAGUCGAAAAAUCCUUCAGCUUCACGCGCAGAAACAAUCGAGGAUGGCUUAUCAAUGGUGUUGGUUUCUCUGACAUUAGAAAUCGUAUUCUGACCGCACCCAUGCGUGGAUCGGAGGAGAUCUGGACGCUCACCAACGGCGCAUUGAGUGGAUCACACCCCAUUCACAUACAUUUGGUAGAGUUCCAAGUCAUCUCUCGUACUGGAGGCCGGAAUUAUGUUGCGCCUUACGAGUCUGCGGGCAUGAAAGAUGUGGUUUGGUUAGCGCCAGGUGAGACCGUGAAGGUUCUUGCUCGUUAUGCGCCAUGGCCUGGAAUCUACAUGUUUCAUUGUCACAACCUCAUUCAUGAAGACCACGACAUGCUCGUCGCUUUCAACGUGACUCAGCUUAGUGAAUGGGGAUACACAGACGAUGCCAUCUUCAUCGAUCCCAUGGAGCCACAGUUCCGACCAACAUGGUACGAUGCUGCAGCUGAGACAGAGGCAGCCAUUAAGUCGAAGAUCGCAUGGUUAUACGGCAAGGAUCCUUACAACAAGGGGGAUAUCAAAGGUGUUUGGCAAGCAUUGAGUAGUAUGACCUCGUGGGCAGCUAAGCCAACAGACCCACCCAAUCCAUCGUCCAGUUCGUGCAGUAGCACGCUCACAGCAACUGUCAGAAAGACAGUGUAUGCGCCUGAACCUACCCAGGCACCCGCCCCACAAGAUGAUCAUUGGAAUGAGGAUGUCCGGAAAGGAGACAACUGGAUCGAUGUGGCCGAGGCAGACCGCUGGUAUAACGCAAACCACGGGCAAAAAGGAGGCCCGCCGCUAUGAUCUCCAGAUGAGGUUUUGGUUCUACUGUUGUUUUUCACAAUACCCAUUUUCGUAAUUACUUAGCCAUUUAAUACAAAUUAAUACAUUUCUUCUGCCAUAAACAGCCCAGGUUAGCCACAUCAAUGGAAUAUUGUGUUUGCCGAGUUCAACUUGACAUGGCAGAUGUCGAUAUUAGUCACUACAUAGUCAGAUCAACAGAACACUAUGCAUGCGCUUGCCACGAU